UGCAUUUAGACCCUCAUUUAGGGAGUUCAAAUGCACAGAAAAUAUAAUUUAACAGUAAACUGGAUAAUGAAAAUGAAAAAUACAAAUAAUAAGUCUGCUCCAGUGUUUUUGAGGGGGAUUAUGGGGACAUUUGGGGAGCUUGAACUUCUAAAAUUGUGAAACAGCCCCGUGACACACUGUUGCAGACAAAUCCUGAACAUUGCUCACUUUCCAGAGGUAAAAACAUUUCCCUCGUGUGAUUACAUGAUUUCUCUCCCCUGCAUAUGAAAGUACAGGCUGCAACAAAUUGUAGAAAACCCUCUCAAAUGAAUGGCCACGUGCACAAUGUAACACUCCACAAAACCUUCAUAGUCUUUUUUUUUUUUUAAUUAUUUAAUCACAUUUGAUGCCUUAACUUCACCUUUCAUUCUCUUUUACUGUAUGUUCCGUUCAAGUUUCUACUGCAACAUAAAGGUUCGUAUGUGACACAUGUUGAAAGUGAAAAGUGAGGCAUGAGAAAGAGUUGUUGUGCUGUGGGGAGGGGUGACUGUUUGCUGCGGGUGUGUUAUCAUCAGCCAGGAGAGGGGAAAGGGGAGGGGAGGAGAGGAGAGGAGGGGUUACAAGCCCAGUCCCGCGGAACAUCCUGCAAACACAUCUGAGACUCGGAACAAAACUCUGUACAGUUUCUCCCCCUGCGUGCUGAGAGACGCACCGCCUCCACCGCAGCUCUCGUGUUCCUGCCGGCAUGGCUCGUCGUUUGAUCUCCAGAGAAGUGCCAACACUUUAGAUAAAGUCGUGUAGUUGUUGUUGCUGAACAGUUGACCGACUCUGCAGGUCGUUGCCCCUAGCCUGCUGGACUUAUGUGUUUAUGUUUGGACGCGCGUCGGUGGGACAUCCGGAAUGGGGAAUCCGUAGGAGGAGACGACGCUCGCUGGUGUGCUGUCUGUAGAUAGAGCGCGAGCGCACCAACGCGCGCGCGCACAACAAACGCACAUACGCACGAGAUGGACUUGAAGAAGACAAAAUUUGGAAGGUUCAUGAACUGCAGGGUGCCAGCCAGUAAGAGAUACCAGCCUACUGAAUACGAACAUGCUGCAAACUGUGCCACACACGGGUUCUGGAUCCUCCCGAGUCUCUUGGGUGGGUCUGUCCUUUACUUCCUAUCUGUGGACCAAUGGCAUCGUGUUGCUGCCUGGCUCUAUGGGAGCGGUCUCACUGGCCUGUUUGUUACCUCAACACUCUUCCACACCGCUACUUGGAAAAUCAGCCACCUCCGGAAGGUGGAGCAGCGUUUCCACAUGUGUGACAGAAUGGCCAUUUACUUCUUCAUCGCAGCCUCCUACUCUCCCUGGUUGAUGCUGAGGGAGCUUGGGCCCUGGGCGUGUCACAUGCGCUGGCUGAUCUGGGUCAUGGCUUGCAUAGGAUCCAUGUAUGUCUUCUUUUUCCAUGAGAGGUACAAGCUGGUAGAGUUGCUGGGAUAUGUGGCCAUGGGAGCUGUUCCUGCUUUGGUCAUCCUGUCCAUGGUGGACCGUGCAGGUGUGUGUGAACUGGCUGUGGGAGGUGUCUUCUAUGUGGUGGGCGUGGUCUUCUUCAAGAGCGAUGGCCUUGUUCCGUUCGCCCACGCCAUCUGGCACCUUUUCGUUGCAAUAGGAGCAAGCAUUCACUAUUACGCCAUCUGGAGGUACCUGUACGUACCCGGACCUCUGCUACAGACAUCGAGGUGACUCACCGCUCCCACCUGAGAUCACAUGGUUCCAAGUGACUGACCAAGAAGAGUGUAUUUCACAAGAUCACUGUGUUUUGACUACAGCUAACCUGACUCAUGAGGCUACACCCGGAGAGAUGGUGCUGAGAUGAUCUGACUGCUACGAAUCAGAUGAAAUUCUCCCCAGCUGGGACCAAACACUCUUACUGUCUAACUAAAAGUCACUUCAACAUGUUAAUUAUAUAACAGACUGACCAGUGAACAUUUAGCUUGACUGAACCAAACUUGUGACGACUGAUAACAAGGUAUCAACUGCAGUAUGAGACUAGUUAUUUUCACAGGGAUGUGCCAAUCAAACUGGUCUGACCGGCUAGAUGGACCGCCAAUCAAUAGAGACAGAGAAGAGAUUUAGAAUUAAUCUUCCAUUUGUGUUCAUUGCCUCAGACGUUUGCACAGAUAUGGCAACACAUAUGCCAGGAAGAUUUUGUCCAGUUAAAAGAAUAGGUUAAAAUUUUAGGAACUGCGCUUAUUCGCUUUCUCGCUAGGCGUUAAAUGAGAUGAUUGAUACCACUCUCGUUACAUAUGAAGCUGUAGCCAGUAGAUGUUUAGCUUAGCUUAGCAUAAAAACAGUAAAUGGAGGGAAACAGUUAGCCUGGCUCACUCCAAUUUAAUCAAAAUCUGCCUACUAGCAAAUCUUAAGUUCACUAAUUAAAAUGCUUUAUCUCAUUUAAUUCAUGCAAAGUAUAAAAACAACAUGUUGCUGUUUUAUGAACAGUUUAAUACACAGGACUAUUUGUUAACUGAGUUUAUCAGUGAUUUCCUGAAGUCUCCAUUGGUUGUCAGGAAGUCACAGCUGCUGCGAGCUAAGCUGACCAACUGCUGCCAUCGAUCUUCUCAUCUAACUCUCUGCAAGAAAGCAAAUAACUUAUUUUCCAAAAAUGUUGAACUAUUCCUUUAUGCACACUUCUCUGUAACUGAACUAACAACAUACUGUCUGUGACUACAACGCCUAAACUAAGCUAGGCUAGUAAACUCUAACCACAAGUGACGUGCCAAAACUUAGCAUACAGGCAUUCCUUUAUAUUGGUGCUAAUCUUGUAUUUAAAUCAGUGUCACAGUUACGGAGAUUUUAAUUUACUUUUGUCCAUUUUUGCAUAGCCACAUUAUAUGAAAAUACAGAGUCGGCACCACAGCCAACAAGCUUUCAGUAAAAUAUGUUAAUGCUUUAGGUUGGGGCUAUUCUUUUUAGAUGUUACGGUUUUAGACGGUUUCUCUGAGAGUAACUGAACUUUAAAUUCUGUGUUCAACAUCUUUACUGCCACUGGUUUUAUAAACCAAACAUACUAAUUUUGGUUGACUUUGACUACUUUAAGCACACAAUCAACAAAUAGAGUUAAUAACACUGGUGGAACACACUAGUGCAAUUAAAACCAUAUAAUUAAAACUCAAACAAGUUGACCUUUGUUGUUGUGGAUAACAGGGCUCAGUAGAACUGGCCUGGUUGUGACUCUGUUGUGAUUUAUAAUCAUUAUGAAUCAGCAACAAAAUAUAUUCUCAUAAUUUUCUGUAAUGUGAUUUGAAAGAGGAAAAUUCCAAUCUAAAUAAUUCACGUAACACUGACCAAUGCAUUCUAGGUCAAAUGUUAAAUCAUAAAGAAUGGUUGCCAGAAAUGUAGUCUAUCCUCACACAAUACUUUUUGUCAAGAUUAUAUGCAUUGAUUAUCUUGUUUAGAGGACUAUGACUGUCAGCUAUUUUGUUUAAAUGAUGCACUCUUAUCCUUGAGCACUUUUCUAUCAACAAAUAUAAUUUCCUGAAACCUUCCAAAUGACAGAAUUAACAUGUGGACAUGUUAUACAUGCAGAUUAUAUAUGCAAACUUCCAUUUUUACUUCUAUACUUUGUCUCUACUGUAUAGAUCACACUGUCAGGUUUUCCCUAACCUGUCGCAGUUAAAUGGCUUCUGUUUUAACUUUCAGAAAACAGAGCACUUACUCAGGAAGUAAGCUUUUUUUUUGUAAAUCAGAUCUAUUUUGUAUAAAUGUAUUUCUGAGAAAUCACUGUAUUAAA